AUGAAGCAAGUGGCCCGGUCCUUACCUCGAUGGCUGCCCGUUCUUCACCUCCUGACCAUCGCGAGUCCCGCAUUGGCCGGCCUGGGCAGGCCUGGGAACCCGUCCGACCUUCUGACGACGCUGUAUGGAACCCCGUGUGAUUGCCGUGGAGGACAUCAGAAGGCGCGCCCAGGAAAAUUCUCACAAUCAGUGGACUGUGGGACUCGGACUGCAUACUUAGCCAUGCUCGGUAGCCUAACUGGCGGCGGGUUUACACAGUCCUGGCAAUGUGUGGAUAAGCCCAGGCUCACUAAACAGGGGGAUCCCUGUCCUACAAACUGUGUAAUGGUAGACCAGAUGAAUGCUAUGUGUUAUGACAGCUAUUCUGAAUGUACCCUAGGAGGAAAGAAGUAUUUUACUGCAAGGCCCUAUAUGUCUUACGAGGGAACGUUCGGGGGUGACUGGUCAGUCGUCCCCUCCAGCAGAGGGAACCCUAAGUAUGCUGCUGCCUCAUGCAUGGCCCCAGUGGGAAGAGAUGCAUGCUGGCCCAUGCGAGCCCCCCUACACGUUUCCGAUGGAGGGCCUACUGAUGUGGUUCGGGAGGUGGAAGUGGGGCAGAAAAUUCAACAGCUGAUUCUUGCCCAGUAUCCUCAGAUUGAAUAUCAUCCCCUGCUACUCCCGAAACCCCGGGGCAUGGAUUUGGAUCCCAGUACUGAGAACAUUUUGGCCGCCACACAUUCGGCAUUGAAUGUUACUAACCCCACCCUGGCCGAAGAUUGCUGGCUAUGCCUACCAUAUGGUGACUCCUGGCCUUUGGCAGUGCCCUCUUCUUUAGCUAAUGACUCCACCCCCUCUACUGUGCAGGUUGACAACUGCUUUGCCAGCCUUCCCUUCAAGGUACAGCCUCUUGGCUUUAAUUUUAGUCAUUGCUUUUAUAGGGUUGCUAAUAAUGAUUCCUAUGACAUUGAUGUCGGGGUGCUGUCUACCGCUGGGUGUGAACAGUCUAUUAAUAGCACUGGCCCGCUGUGUGCUGGGACCAGCCGAGUUUUUGUGUGCGGCAACAAUCAGGCCUACACCCUUCUCCCGACGAACUGGACUGGCCUCUGUGGGCUAGCUAUGCUACUUCCUGAUAUUGACUUACUUAAAGGUGAUGAACCAGUCCCCAUCCCAUCUAUAGAUCACAUUGUCCCUCGCCAUAAGCGAGCAGUGCAGUUCAUUCCAUUACUACUGGGCCUGGGUGUCUCCGCGGCCGUGGGCACGGGUUCGGCGGGAUUGGCCACAGCCCUUUCCUCCUACUCCAAGUUGUCCCAACAGCUAGCAGAUGAUGUUACUAAAGUUUAUCAAUCCAUUAAGGAUCUCCAAGACCAAAUAGAUUCCUUGGCAGAAGUGGUACUCCAAAAUAGGAGAGGUCUGGACCUCCUCACUGCGGACAGAGGGGGAAUUUGCCUGACACUUCAGGAGAAAUGCUGUUUUUAUGCCAACAAGUCGGAUGUGGACGGUGGAAUUGACAAGGACAUAUUUGAUAUCAAUGAAGAAUUGGGACUGGAUCUUUUUGAGGGAGACAUCAGACUUGAUGAGGCACAAGAGAAGAAUUCCAUCAUUGGAGAUAAAUAUAGAUGGCCACAUACCAUUCCCUAUGUUCUAGAAGAUAGCUUGGAAAUGAAUGCUAAGGGACUUAUCCUCAAUGCAUUUGAACGUUAUCGCCUAAAAACCUGCAUUGAUUUCAAGCCUUGGACUGGAGAAGCUAAUUACAUAUCAGUGUUCAAGGGCAGUGGGUGCUGGUCUAAAGUGGGAAACAGGCGAGCUGGGAGGCAAGAACUCUCCAUCGGCACUAACUGCGACAGAAUAGGGACCAUCCAACACGAGUUCCUCCACGCGCUGGGAUUCUGGCAUGAGCAGUCACGCUCUGAUCGGGAUGACUAUGUGGAGAUAGUUUGGGACAGAAUUCAAGAAGGCAAAGAGAGCAAUUUUAACACCUAUGAUGACAAAACAUCAGACUUCCUGAAUGUUCCCUAUGAUUACACUUCGGUAAUGCACUACAGCAAAACUGCGUUCCAAAAUGGAUCACAACCAACAAUUGUAACAAGAAUUUCAGAUUUCAUGGAUGUGAUUGGCCAGCGAAUGGAUUUUAGUGACUCUGAUCUCUUGAAGUUGAAUCGACUGUAUAACUGCUCCUCUUCCUUGAGCUUUAUGGAUUCAUGCGAUUUUGAACUGGAGAACGUGUGUGGUAUGAUUCAAAGUUCAGGCGAUAAUGCUGACUGGAAGCGGGUUUCACAGAUAGCAUCUGGCCCAGAGAGCGAUUAUUCCAACAUGGGAAAGUGCAAAGGUUCUGGCUUCUUCAUGCAUUUUGACAGUAGCUCCGUGGCUGUGGGGGGAAAAGCAAUGCUGGAAAGUAGAAUACUGUACCCUAAAAGAGGAUUUCAGUGCUUGCAAUUUUUUGUUUAUAAUAGUGGAAGUACAAGCGACCAACUGAACAUCUAUAUCAGGGAGUAUUCUGCAGCCCAUGUGAAUGGUAGUCUAAUUCUUGUCAAAGAAAUCAAAGAUAUACCCAUGGGGACCUGGCAACUUUACCACGUAUCUUUGAAUGUGACCAAUAAAUUCAGAGUGGUGUUCGGAGGGGUCAGAGGUGCUGGUACAUCAGUGGGUGGCCUGUCUGUUGAUGACAUCAACCUUUCAGAGACACAGUGCCCUCAUCAUAUCUGGCGAAUAAGCAAUUUUACACAGCACCUUGACAGCAAAACUGACACGCUAUAUAGUCCUCCGUUUUAUUCUUCUAACGGUUAUGCCUAUCAGAUUAGCUUGAAACUAAGCCAUGCCACUAAUGCAGCAAUAUAUUUCCACUUGAUCUCUGGCCACAAUGACGAUCAAUUACAGUGGCCAUGUCCUUGGCUACAAACCACGAUGACACUCUUGGAUCAAAAUCCUGACAUUCGCCGCCGUAUGUCCAACUUGCGGGGUGUAACUACAGACCCAAUGAAGAAGAAAGAUAAUGGAGACUAUUUUUGGGAUAGGCCUUCCAAAGUGGGAGUAGACGCUGUUUUCCCUAAUGGAACUCGUUUUAAAAGAAGUCAGGGCUUUGGAACCAGUGCCUUUAUAACCUUUCAGAGACUGAGGAGCAGAGAUUAUAUCAAAGGAGAUGUUGUUUAUUUCCUACUGACAGCAGAAGACAUAUCCUUCCUUAAUUCUACAAGCCCCCCGCCAAACCCAGAACCCCAGCCAACCCCAAAACCAACCUCUUCUAGCAAUAACCUCUGUGUGAACUUUGGGUGUCAGAAUGAUGGCGUCUGUGCCGUCCAGGAUAACAAAGCAGUAUGCAGGUGUCCGGCGGGGAAUGACUGGUGGUACAUGGGAGAAAAGUGUGAAAAGAGGGGUUCAACUCAUGACAACAUUGUCAUUUCCGUUUCCUCCACCGUCACUGUGUUUGCCGUCAUGCUGAUUAUCACCAUUGUCAGUGUAUAUUGUACCAAGAGGAAAUACAAUAAGAAGAUAAGCUCAGACACCACAGAUGUGACUAUGGAAAAUGUGGAGGCCUUUUGA